GUCUCAAUCGAAAAAGAGAAAAACAACUUCCUUCUUUGUUUACUAACUGUCAUUAUUUAUCACCCAACUCCCUUUAGAGCUAAAUGUUUGCUGCGUUUUUCACAAAUCAGAAGAAAUCUUGCAAAAUCAGAAGAAGAGCUUUUAAAAGAUACAGUAUUCCAUAUUCCCCAAUGAUUUAUGUUAACAGAUAAAGCCCGUUUCUGAUAAAUUAAAAUAAUCUCCAAUCUGUUUAAAUUUCACUUCUGUCUGCCUCGCUAAAACCAAAAAGAGCAGAGUGACUUUGUUUUAAAAUUCAAUCGUGAACAAAAGCAAUGGACCCAAAAAACAACGCAAAUUACCUUUUUAUUAAAUCCAUGGCUGAUCGAGUUACCUGGAAAUAAUUAUAACUAUUUUAUCUAACUAAAGUUACCAUCGUCACAACAGAAGACUAAAUAUGGGCAUAAUUUCAAUUUUUGCAUCAAAACUGGCUCUGUCAAUUAUUCUGGUGGCAGUUUGUUGCGGAGAGGUCAAAGGUCAAAGGAUGUCACAGUCCGAUGUGAUAAUAAGACGACCCCACAUGACGGUGGACAGAGGAAGCGAGACUGUCCUCCAGUAUUCAUCUCUCACCAUCUGAAAAUGAUGAUGCUUCACGCAAUUUCGGCCAAAUGACACCUGAUAUAUUUGACUGUCAGGAUUUCAAGGACGGGCGGGUGAAGGUCACUUUCAAUCACUUCGGACUUCCGUUUCCAACCGAGCACAGUUUGGACAUCCGUGUCAAAUACGAAAGCAAAUUAGACAUACAAUACUUCUCGACUGCAAUUCAAAUCAUAGUCCGAAUGAACCCAGCGCCGUCUAUUCUGAAUUCGCUUCCGCGAGUGCUUACGAUUCCGUCACGUGAUUUGUCUGUCAGCUUCCCGGACGAUCUUCUCGACUUAAACGAGUUUCACUCGGGAAGUUGUCGGGUGGCGCCAAACGUUCUCGUGUCAAGCUACCCGAAGUUCGGUAAGCUCGUGAGCGAGGAUCCCGACUUCGGGUCUAUGCAAAAAUGCAGUUCGUUUUUUGAACAAGACGUCUCGUAUCAGUUGCUGAAACCAAUUGAAGAAAUUAGUUCGAGUCUUGACUUCAAAAACGGGGCAGUUGUUGAUUUCGUGCCUUUAAUGGUUUCACCCGAGGGAUCGAAAUCAGCUCAGUUUGUAACAGUUCCCAUUCAAAUCAGAGAGGGAAAAAAGUCUGAAGAGGAUGAAAGUUUGAAGAAAAGUUUCAACAUUCCGCGGGCUGAAUUCGAAUCCGGCAGUUCUCCUUUUGAUAACCUAAUUCCGCUGACCAGCGGUCUAUUCGGCAGUUUAAGCAUUAUGUCUGACGACAAAAACCUGGUGCAAGAUUUCGAGAUUGUGUAUGAAAUCAUUCAGAAAUCCGAAUACGGCGAAAUUGUUCUCGCAGGAAAUUCCGAUUACCCUGUGACGUCAUUUUCACAACAGGACGUCUCAGAAAACCGACUAGCUUUUAGGCAGAAAAAGGAAAUAGAGAGGGUAACUAUAUUUAAAGUGAAAGUUCAAGCAACGAAUUCGGUAACUCAAAAUCAAGAGACCUUUGAUAUUACGUUCACAUCAAGUCCUGAAAACAUUUUCGCUCCAACUAUUGAACUUGGACAACCGAUUGUCGUUAACGAAGGCACUGAUAUUUUGCUGUCGUCCGACUAUUUCACAGCUCGACAUCACAAAUACGACAGCAGUAAUUUAGUGUGUCACGUUGCACGAAAUCCGACAACAGGCGGAGGCUAUUUCACCGUGAACAAAUUAAGGCGAACCCAAUUUACAGUAUCCGAGUUACAAUCGGGAAGUGUGAAAUACACCCAUAACGGUGAUGACGAAUAUUGGGAUAACGUCGUUUUAAUUGUCAAAGCGGGCGAAAACGAAACUAGGGUUUUGUUGCAGAUUUUGAUAAACCCAAUUGACGAUCAGUUCCCGUUCAGUGCUAAAAACAUCCAACUGAAUAAAUAUCUAACUUUAGUUGGUUCUAACUGGAAGACAAUAUCACCACGUGAUAUAUUUUACCAAGACAAAGACUCGUCGAUUGAAAACAUCAUGUAUUCACUCAAAAUUAACUCUCAUCACAAUAUUUCAUUUCGAAGAGUUUUGACAAGGUCGCUACAAAAAUACGAAAAUGACAUUUCAAAUUGGACUCAAAUUGAAAUAAUACGCGGAAACAUACAAUGUCGUAAUUUACUGUCAAGUUUUAAUACAACAACGGUGGAUGUUCGGCUUGACGUUUCCGACAACGCUAUUUUUCCGAACCAUUUAAGACAUUUGUUGAACGUCAAAUUAGUGCAUUUAGACGAAGAAGCGCCGACAUUUAGCGAAUGGGCUUUAAUGUUUGUCGAAGUUGACGAAUAUAGACCGACGAUAAUAGGGAAAAAGUCGUUGGAAUAUAUUGACAGUGGAACAUUAACACCUAUUGAAAUUAAGUUCAAGGUCACAACUCGACCUUAUGACCGGAACCCGGACAAUCCACUAAAAGUCGGUCAGUUGUGUCUGUCCCAAACCGGAAGUGCGUUUGACACUUUGAACUGUAACGUGCAGUAUUUUACCCAAAAAGAUGUUAACGAUCGAAAACUGUUCUAUCUUCCGCCGAUUUCAGAACGAGGAGUGAUCACUCGGUUUAUCGAGUUCGUAUUUUCGGUAACCGACUCGGCUGGAAACACGCGACAAAAUCAAUAUUUCAAUGUCAAUCUUAAACCGUUGUCAAAUAGCCCGCCACGUGUAUACGUCAAACAUUUCCGACUCCAGCCGAACUCCGAUUACGUAAUAAACCACCACGACUUUGAGGUCAUCGACCCUGAAGGCAUCUCGGCAGCCGAACUGGUUUUCACAGUUCGGCAGUUUCCUGCAAAAAUUCAAAUUUUGCGCGACGGAGUAUCGAUGUCGAAACGAGGUAUUACGACCUUCAAGGCAGCAGAUUUAACCAAUCAGAGAAUUUCGUUUCAAGUCGGGGACUUUGUGAACUUUCAAGACAACUUCGAGGCCGUUUUGACAGAUGGGGUGAAUUUGGUGCCAAUUAAAGUUCCAAUUUCGAUCGAUUCUUUCAACGAAUACAGUAUCCAUUCACAGACAUUCAGUGAUUUUGUACGAAUCAGUAUCUAUGUUCGACAAAGCAGUGCUGUCGCCCUAACUUUAGCUACUUGGAGGUACUUUGAAGAGUUACGCAAAGCAAUAGACAAAACAGACAUUUACACAAAACAGGAGAAACAAGUCAAAAAGCGACAUCUUCCGUCACGUGAUCAAACCAAAACAUCGCUCUACGCUUUCUCUCUUGUUAGAGAAAAUUUCAACUUUCCAGAAAGUGAUUUCGGCUAUCGUCCCUAUUACAACAUAGACGCACCGAUUUCCAGUUACGGCGCUAUUUGGAUUGCAACGGGUGAUGAAUACAGAGGCGGGACUCUUACUCUAGACGACUUCGAAAAAAGCCAACAAGCUGUUAUUUACAAACCAAAUAACUUUUCUCGCAACUCGAUUGUGAAAGAUAUUUUUGAGUUCCGACUUGAUAUAACUCCAACCGAAGGUUUCGAAGCGCACCAGAAAUACCAGGCGCUUCUAAACAUGCAAAUCGAAAUUAAUAUUAUCCCUAUAGACGUGACUCCUCCGACUAUUAUAGCGCAUACUGUCUAUGUUCCAGAAGGUGGAAAAGUUGCAAUAAGCGGCGACAUUCUAGAAGCCGAAGACAAUGAUUCGUUUUUGUCCCAAAUAAUCUGUUAUAUUUCUAGGCAACCGUCAUAUGGCUACUUAGCUAAUGUAGACGCAACUUCGCCGUACUAUUACUUGCCAAUUAGUAGUUUCUACUUUGAUCAGGUUAAAAUGGAAAAGUUGGCCUAUGUUCAAAGCUUACACACGCAUCGAGUGCAAAAAAUCGAACCGGAAGCUGAUUUUAUGAAGUUUAUUUGCUCGGACGGAAAAAAUUACGCAAUCCAGGAAACGUUGAUGGAAAUUACCAUUGAACCGAGAAACGACGAGCAUCCCAAGUUCCGAUUGAUUCAACCAAUCACAGUACAAGAAGGAGCUUCCGUGGUUUUAGGUCGACCUUAUUUUUCUCUUGAAGAUGCUGACAUGCCAAAAAAGAAUUUGAACAUAACUUUACUUCGAAAACCGAAAUACGGAAAGAUUAUGUUGAGAAAAAGGAUUUUUGAAUCAGUUCAACAAGAUCUCUACUACUCCGUCAAUUAUUUUGAUUCUUCGAAUCUAAUCUUAAGCCCAGGUAAGGCUUAA